GCCCAAGCAUUGGGUCGAGGCUAGCGGUAAGGUGCAGAGAGAUGUUGGUGCAAAUCCCUAGCAUUUCGGACGCCGUCGACGACCGCGGACGCCUCUACAAGGUGUUCAAUAUCUACAUCGGAGGACACUACCACUGCUCCCUGCGGUACUCCCAUCUCCUCCACUUCAGCCAAGAGCUGGGGAGGAACUUUGACACAUCCGGACUUGAUGAGUUUCCUACCAAAAGAGUGUUCUCACUCACAGCGGCCCAGCUGGAUGAGAGGAGAGCUGGGCUAGAGAGGUACCUUCACUCUGUCUGUCAGGACAGGGUUAUUCAGCAAAGUGACAUGCUGAAAGAGUUUCUCGUGGCAGCUCAAAAGGCAUCCAGUGGGGUCACUGAUGAAGAUGUUUCCAUGGAGAUAUUCCUGAUCAACGGGAACUCUGUGACAAUCUCAGGACAGUCUUUCUCACGAUCUGAUGAAGUUUUAGAGAGAGCAGUUGUGAAGAUAGGAGCGGAUCCUUCGCUGACUUACUACUUCUCUCUCUUCCUGGAGGAGGAGACUGGAGACGGCUGGACAUUGUACCGUCAUCUACAGGACCAUGAAGCUCCAUUUGUCUCUCUCAAGACCGUCAAUUCCAACGGCUCCUUCAGGAUCACAGUCAGAAUGAGUUUCUGGGGGCCUGAGAUGGUGUCUGGAGUGCUAGCUGACGAGGCUGCCACUAACUUGCUCUAUAUUGAAACCAUAGACCACAUCACCAAAGGGGAGUGGGAGGUGGGGAAGGAGGUGAAGGAAAAACUAGCAGAACUCGGAGCCAAAUCACUCAAGAAAGAGUACAUGGAGACUGCAUCCACCAUCCCCCAGUUUGCCUACCAACAAAUGGAAGGAUUGACAUUUGACCAUCCCUCUGAAGAUCUGCAUGGAUUUGCCCGCAUCGGCCGAAGAGAGAUUGUGACAUAUACCACUGAGGGAGAGGGAGAAUGGGGCGGGGCACAGGGUCACGGGGUGCGUUGUCGUAGUUACCAACUAACCAGGAUUCGCUGCUGGAAAGUCGGCUACUGGGAGAGUGGAGAAAAGUGGCUGGCAUUUCACUAUCACCAUGGCGACACAGAGGAGGACUUUGUGUGGGUUCGUUUGGUUGGCAAGGCAACCAUCUUUCUCACCCUUUGUAUCCAGUCAGCAGUCAAUGAACUGAUUCGAGUGAGCCAAUAUUAUCAUGGACUGGGGGGGCACUUUGUGUGCUACGUAUACUCUCAUACCCCCAAUAUAUAUUAAUACAUGUGAUGAGUUAUUGCGUUUGUGUUGUGGUUCGUGUGAUUCGUGCAGAUAAAGAGAAAGCAGAGUGUUAGGUUGCCAAGCGACGGUAGCCAGAGAAGGAAGACUGCUCUGCCCAUCGUCAAGUUUCACGUCUCCUCACAGAACACAGGCAGUCGCAGGGAGAGUGAGGCCUCCCAGGGGUCAGAGGUAACAGAUGGACCUGAAGAGAUGAGCAGUGGAGACCUGGGGAAAGGAGGGGCAGGAGCCGAGAGGAGUGCUGUCUGUGGGAUGGACCUGGACACCAAGACUGCCACUGUCAAAUUCUCAAAGACAUCAGAAGAAAACUCAUUUGCCGACGGAACAGAAGAUGACAUAUAAACAGCACCCAUUGUUAUGUUUUUAUUUUUGCCUUCCACCCUGAGUUAGAGUUUUCUGUCUUUUUAUCCUGUAAACUAGCAAUUUUUUAACUUUGAUUUGUUGUGUCACGUAACUCGUGAGUGAAAAAACACGCAGUAAAUAGCAUCACCUGCAUAGUCUGAAAGCUGUUAUACUACUAGUUUUGCUAUAAUAAUAGUGUGGCUAAAACAAGUGACCAGUGCAUCAGGAGGGC